UCAUUAUAGUGGACACCCUUAUAUUUCUCUCUCAAAUACUCUUAUACACACACACACACACUGCUUGAAUUUGUCGCAUGGGGCGCCACAAAUGACUCUCAUCGCACUUGUUCUUUCCACUACUAUGACCAGAUAUCUCCCUCUCUACGCUCUAUUCUCCUUCUUCUGCUUCUUUUGUUUCCAUGGAUUCUUCUCUGCAAAUCACCACCACACUUCUUCGCUUUCAGACAUCAAUUUUCUAUUCAAUCUUAAAGCUGAUGCCAAUCUCUUCUUCAAGAAUAUAGAGAAAAGCAAUAUUUUGGAGAUAGGUGGAGGCCGAGUGAGAGGAAGCAGCAUAGGGCCGAGAAGGCUACUACUGGGAGGUCCGGGGUCAUCGCCACCACGUUGCGCGUGGAAAUGCGGUGGAUGCCUGCCGUGCAAGCCGGUGCAUGUGCCGGUGCCGCCAGGGGGCCGGGUGACGACGGAGUACUACCCGGAGGCUUGGAGGUGUAAAUGUGGCAAUAAAUUGUACAUGCCCUAACUAGCUACUGCCCUUCUUCGGUUAAUUUGCCAUUAAUUGAACGUCGAUCUACUCUGAUUAGUUUCUACUAAUAUUUUUAUUUGCUUAGAAGCAAGAGGAGAAUAUAGUAUUUCUAUUAAUUAUUCAAAUCACAGUUCGAAUUUGUCGUCGCCAUAUAUUACGGAGUACUUCAUUUUUUCA